CUCACAGAGCGCAAGGAGGGACGUAACGAACAGCUGGAGCAAGAAGAGGGGAAAUUACACUAUUAUCGGAGAAGAUUUAUAAAUCUACCCUCUUUGUGGUUCCUCGUCCAGGCAGCCCUGGCUCGCUCGCUCGCCACGAUGAGAACUGACUUCGCUCUGGUCCUGACAGCAGCCCUGCUUCUUGACACAUUCUGGAGGAAUAAUGGGGAGCAUGCUUCAAAAGGUCCCUGCCAACCUGGCUUCUCACAAAGCUUCUACUCUGUGCUGAUUUCGAGGGAUGUACUGCAAGGCCAGGGCAUAUGUAAAGAUACCACUGUGUCAUCACAAAAAGUGAAGUUCGAUGACUGCAUGGGGAAUGAAGCUGUGGUUUUCCAGAGCAGCGACCCUAUCUUCAGUGUGCGAACAGAUGGCUCCAUCUUUGCCCAGGGUGAGGGAGCCAGCCUGGAUGAACCAGUCCAGUUUAAACUGACAGCAAGUGGUCCACACACACAUGUUUGGGAGACCGUGGUCCAACUGGCCCUAAUUGACCCACCAUCACUUCAACAAGAUGAAAAUGAGGUCACGGAGGAAGAGGGGAAAGUCGCUGAGAGAAAAGAGCGGAAGGAGGCGUCCCAAGCACCACCUCCUGUCAUCAUGUUCUCAGGGUCCAGCCUGAACAGCUCCAAGGGUCUACGGCGGCAGAAGAGGGACUGGGUGAUCCCACCAAUCAACGUGGCGGAAAAUUCUCGAGGACCGUUCCCUCAGAUGCUCGUCAGCAUUCGUUCAGAUCAGGAUAAGGACAUCUCCAUCCGAUACAGCAUCACUGGGGUGGGAGCAGAUCAGCCGCCCAAUGAGGUGUUCAAUAUCGACCCGGUGCUUGGAAAGAUGUUCGUCACCAAACCUCUUGAUCGAGAACAUCGCUCCUCUUACCAUCUGCGAGCCCACGCCGUGGACAUGAAUGGGAACCAGGUUGAGAACCCCAUCGAUCUGUACAUCUUCGUCAUCGACAUGAACGACAACAGACCCGAGUUCAAAAACCAGGUCUACAAUGGCUCUGUGGAUGAAGGCUCCAAACCAGGAACAUAUGUGAUGCAUGUGUCAGCGUUCGACGGUGACGACAACACCACGGCUAACGGAAUGGUGCGCUAUCGAAUCCUGUCCCAGACGCCACACAGUCCCAUCCCCAACAUGUUCACCAUCAACAGUGAGACUGGAGAUAUUGUGACCGUGGCACCCGGCCUCGAUCGAGAGAAAGUGUCCCAGUAUACCAUCAUCGUGCAGGCCACGGACAUGGAGGGCAACCUGAACUUUGGCCUUUCCAACACAGCCACUGCCAUCAUCACUGUCACGGACAUCAACGACAACCCUCCCAUGCUGACCUCCCGAACUUUUUCCGGUGAGGUCCCAGAAAACCGAGUAGAUCUCGUGGUGGCCAAUCUGACGGUGAUAGAUGCUGACCAACCGCACUCGCCUAACUGGAACGCCAUCUACAGGAUCAUCAGUGGAGACCCUUCUGGGCACUUCACCAUCCGCACUGACCCUGUCACCAACGACGGCAUGGUCACCGUGGUGAAGCCAGUAGACUUUGAGAUGAACCGUGCCUUCAUGCUGACAGUGGUGGUGUCCAACCAGGCCCACCUAGCCAGCGGUAUCCAGUCCUCGCUCCAGUCCACAGCUGGAGUCACCAUAUCUGUCCAGGACGUCAACGAGCCCCCUUACUUCCCCACGAACCCAAAACACAUCCGCUUUGAGGAGGGCGUCCCCGCUGGCACCAGCCUGACGACCUUCUCAGCCUCCGAUCCCGACCGACUACAGAUGCAGCAGACAAUCAGGUAUUCAAAGCUGAACGACCCAGCUGACUGGUUGUCCAUCAACAGAACCAAUGGUCAGAUCAUAACCACGGCAAUGCUCGACCGGGAAUCUGUCUACGUCAAAAAUAAUAUAUAUGAAGCCACAUUCCUGGCCACAGACAACGGCUCUCCAGCAGCCAGCGGCACAGGCACGCUGCAGAUCUAUCUGAUAGAUAUUAAUGACAACCCCCCAGCACUCAUACCCAGGGAGUCUCAGAUCUGUGAGCGGGUGAACAAGAACGUCCACGGUGUCAACAUCACUGCCGCUGAUGCUGACACGGACCCCAACGCCGGACCCUUUGUCUUCGAGCUGCCCAACUUUCCCACCAGCAUCCGACGCAACUGGACGAUUUCUCGGAUCAGUGGUGAUUACGGCCGUCUAGGACUGCGGUACCAGGUGUACUUAGAGCCCGGGGUGUAUGAGGUCCCUAUAAUUGUGUCGGACUCGGGGAACCCUCCGUUAUCCAACAGGUCAGUCAUCAAAGUGAAGGUGUGUCCCUGCGACGAACACGGAGACUGCACCACCCUCGGGGCCGUGGCGGCCGCCGGCCUGGGAACCGGAGCCAUCAUCUCCAUCCUCAUUUGCAUCAUCAUACUGCUCAGCAUGGUGCUGUUGUUUGUGGUGUGGAUCAAGCGGAGAGAGAAGGAGAGGCACACCAAGCAGCUGCUCAUUGACCCUGAAGACGAUGUCAGAGACAACAUCCUCAAAUACGAUGAAGAGGGAGGAGGAGAAGAGGACCAGGACUACGACCUGAGCCAGCUGCAGCAGCCUGACUCCUUGGAGCACAUCAUCAGCAAGCCACCAGGUGUCCGCAGGGUGGAUGAGCGUCCCAUCAUCCCUGAGUCCCAGUACCCAAUCAGACCUGUCGUGCCCCACCCUGGAGACAUCGGGGACUUCAUCCAUGAGGGUCUGCGAGCAGCAGACAACGACCCCACAGCUCCUCCGUACGACUCCCUGCUGGUGUUCGACUACGAGGGCAGCGGCUCCACCGCCGGCUCUGUCAGCUCCCUCAACUCCUCCAGCACUGGGGACCAGGACUAUGACUACCUCAACGACUGGGGUCCCCGCUUCAAGAAGCUGGCCGACAUGUACGGAGGAGGGGACGAUGAUUAAAUCUGCCCAGUCACACAAACACACACACACACACCCUCGUCCCGUCAGCUGGCCUGCCAUGCUCUGUCCCUCUAACACAUGGGGCUAUUACACCCUUAUUGAACACACGGUAAUAAUGACAUGUUCACACUGACCAACUGACUGACCAACCAACCAAUCAAAUUACCCACCACCACAGAGGACCGGUGUCGUGAGUCAGUUUCGGGUGCUCUUCUCAACCGUCUCCUGCUCUAAGCCUGUCUAAGACUGAAACGGAAGCUCUGAUUUGCAGGCUUCUCAUAGUUUGUAUUUUUAAAUGCUUUUUUUUAAUUUCAGGUUUUAUGCUAGAUGUAGUUUUCAGUAGUCAGAUUUUGUUUUUCCUUUAGUUUGUGUAGCUUUUUUUUUUUUUUUUGUCCCCACUCCCCUUUGAUUCGAGCCGUUCCUUAUUCCUGAGGGUUUUCACUUUUCC